AUGCUUGUAGAGGACUCUCAAAAUCGUUCAGUGCUGGCGAAGAACUAUGCGCACUGUCCGCUGAAGAAGCGACCGGUGUUGGUGCGGGAGGAGCGGCCUGCGACGCCGCCCACUACGCCGCCUCAUCCCGCCCACCUUGCCACGAGACUUUAUUAUGAUUAUCAUUGUGACAUGGAAAAUGAAGAACCUGAGAAUCUUAGCACUAAGCCCGAAGACCUGUCCAAGACAGGAAACUAUCCGAGCAAAGCUUCGUCGCCAGUUUCAGCGAUGACGGUUAAGGUUGAACCAAGAGAAUGGUCUCACCAGCUGCCCGACUAUAUGUCAGCUUGCCGGACUCGCCUCGAGCCGGCACCAACAGAACUUGCACGACCUACGCCGCAGUACCCUUACAUGCCGACAUUGUAUUCGCCCUACGCAUUUGAAGAAUUAUACCCAGCAGCACCUGCUCUGUCCCCUCCGAUACACCCGCAAUUGUAUACGCGUUACUCACCCGCAUCACCGCCGUCCUCGUGUUCACCACCACCUUGCCCCGAAGAUCUAAGAUCACCCGGUUCCGUUUCUUCCGACUCGGGAGUUUCCGUUUCGGGAACACGUCGUCCUCGGUAUCAAUGUUCAGACUGCGCAAAGUCUUAUUCGACGUAUUCUGGUCUCUCGAAACAUCAGAAGUUUCACUGUGCUGCUGCGGAAGGUAGUCUAGCAAGGAAGUCUUUCAGCUGCAAAUAUUGUGCAAAGGUUUACACUUCUCUUGGUGCACUUAAAAUGCACAUCCGCACGCAUACGCUACCCUGUAAAUGCCAUUUAUGCGGUAAAGCCUUUUCAAGACCCUGGCUUCUUCAGGGUCACAUCAGAACGCACACCGGUGAGAAACCGUUCUCCUGCCACCACUGCAGGCGCGCAUUUGCCGAUAGAUCGAAUCUUCGCGCUCACCUUCAAACCCAUUCGGAUGUGAAAAAAUAUUCGUGCUCUGGUUGUGGUAAAACCUUUUCCCGUAUGUCCCUCCUGAGUAAACAUUUGGAAGGCGGAUGUGGAGUACCAGGCAGCACGCCUUACGAGUAUCGUCCUGAAGCAAUGCAAGUUGCGCAUGCGCACCCAAACCUCCCACCGCCCGCUACCGUGCACGCCUAUUAAUAAGACUGAAUGGAUCUCCGAUCUCAAAUAUUGUAAAACAUUAAUUACACAAGUA